UCUUCUUUUGUGUCUAAAUGUUUUUUUUUUUAGUUUAAAUUUAAAUUUAGCAGGAAGAAGCAACGAAAGUUAAUAAGUUUCAAAGAGGGAAAAUGUGGAUUUAGGGGGAAAGAAAAAGAAAAUAUGAUCUUUUACUUCUUUUUUGAAGGUUUUUUCUCGAAAAAUAGUGGAGUUUGUCUUUCAAAAGCUUAUGCAUUCUCUAAAUGCUUUCCGCUUACUUGAAAAACCCAAACCGUUUUACCUGCGAAUCAAAUCUAGGGCUAGGGUUCCCCAUAUCCUUAUUUCAGUCCACCAGCAUUAACCAAACCAGAGAAACCAUUACUCUUCAUUUCUAUUUUUAGUCCUUUUAAUUUUUCUUCUUUUGCUUUUGAAGUAGACGAUGAAGCGAGCAAAAUUUUACUCGUUAGUGUCUCCUAGUCGACUCAGGCUAGUUCAGAGUUUGAUAGGGGUUUUGUUUCUCUACCUUCUGUUCAUGAGCUUCGAAAUCCCGCUGGUUUUGAAAACCGAUUCAGGAGGGUUCUUCACCGACUCAUUGCCGAGGCCUUUGUUUCUCGUGAGCGAAGAGGGUUUCACCUAUAAAUCUGCACCCGCUCGACCCGCCAACGACCCGGAUCAUCUCCGUCAACCCGGAAGUUGGACACCGGAGCGGAAAUUGCGGGAGUUCAAGGAAAUAUCGGGUCUCCUGUUCAACCAAAGCUCUUUCGACGGCUACGAUUCUAAAGACGAGUUCUCAGUGCUCCACAAAACCGCACGACACGCCUUCGUUGUCGGCAAGAAACUCUGGGACGACCUCCAAUCGGGUCAAAACAAUUCCGAUUCAGAACCUGAACAACAAAAUCAAAAGAAAAACCGAACCAAAUCAUGCCAGGAUUCAAUUUCCUUAUCCGGGUCCGAGUUUGUGAACCAGGGCCGGAUCUUGAUCCUGCCCUGCGGGUUAACAUUAGGGUCCCACAUUACGGUGGUGGGGAUGCCGCAUUGGGCGCAUGCAGAGUAUAACCCGAAAAUUGCGGUCUUAAAGGAAAGGGACGAGUCAGUGAUGGUAACGCAGUUUAUGAUGGAAUUGCAAGGGUUGAAGACGGUGGACGGCGAGGAUCCACCGCGGAUUCUUCAUUUCAAUCCGAGAUUGAAAGGGGAUUGGAGCGGGAAGCCCGUGAUCGAGCAGAAUACUUGUUAUCGAAUGCAGUGGGGAUCGGCGUUGAGAUGCGAAGGGUGGAAGUCAAGAGCUUAUGAGGAAACAGUUGAUGGACAAGUUAAAUGUGAGAAAUGGAUUCGAGAUGAUGAUAAUGGCUCUGAAGAAUCAAAGGCUACAUGGUGGUUGAGCAGGUUGAUAGGAAGAAAGAAGGAGGUGGCACUAGAUUGGUCGUACCCUUUUGCGGAGGGAAAGUUAUUUGUUCUCAUAUUGAGGGCAGGAUUGGAGGGUUACCAUGUCAAUAUUGAUGGGCGUCAUGUUACCUCAUUUCCUUAUGGAACUGGAUUUGUGCUUGAGGAUGCUACUGGGCUAUCUCUAAAGGGUGACCUUGAUGUGCACUCUGUGUUUGCUGCUUCCUUGCCCACUUCACAUCCUAGUUUUGCUCCACAAAAGCAUCUUGAGAGGUUGAGUAAAUGGACGGCACCACCACUUCCUGAUGGAAAUGUUGACUUUUUUAUAGGCAUCCUUUCUGCUGGCAAUCAUUUUACUGAGAGGAUGGCUGUCAGAAAGUCUUGGAUGCAGCAUAAGUUAAUAAAGUCUUCAAAAGUAGUUACUCGUUUUUUCGUAGCACUGAAUGGAAGAAAGGACGUUAAUGUGGAGCUGAAAAAGGAAGCGGAGUAUUUUGGUGAUAUUGUUAUAGUUCCUUACAUGGAUAACUAUGAGCUAGUUGUACUGAAGACUGUUGCCAUUUGUGAAUAUGGGGUCCGUACAGUGGCUGCAAAAUAUAUUAUGAAAUGUGAUGAUGAUACAUUUGUUAGGGUGGACUCUGUGAUUAAGGAAGCAAAGAAGUUUGGAGAUAAAAGCCUGUAUAUUGGUAAUAUGAAUUACUACCACAAACCACUGCGUAAUGGUAAAUGGGCAGUAACAUAUGAGGAAUGGCCAGAAGAAGACUACCCACCUUAUGCAAAUGGUCCAGGGUACAUAGUUUCAUCUGACAUUGCACAGUUUAUUGUAGCUGAGUUUGAGAAACAUAAAUUGCGACUAUUCAAGAUGGAAGAUGUGAGCAUGGGAAUGUGGGUGGAAAAAUUCAACAGUUCAAAAACAGUGGAGUACCAGCACAGCUUGAAAUUUUGCCAGUUCGGAUGCAUCGAGGAUUAUUACACUGCUCAUUAUCAAUCUCCAAGACAGAUGUUAUGCAUGUGGGAUAAAUUACUAAACCAAGGAAAGACCCAAUGCUGCAACAUGAGAUGACCAUUAUUCAAAGAAAUCAAUAGACAAAGUCUCCACGUACAAUGUGGUAAAUUCGAGAAAGGACAACAGUGAAACAAAUUUUGCGGUCAAAGUCUCUGUAUAUAUGAUGCUUAAGUUAGAUAUAGUGGGGCUUUUCCUCAUGCCCUUAUAAAUUAAUUCAUUACUUAGGCCAUUUUGUCUACAUUUCUCCAAUUUCAUUUCCAAUGGUGUUGGCAUACUCAAUGGCCGCUGAUGUUAAAAGAAUCAAUGAGGAGCAUAUGUAAACAACACAUUCUUUGUAGUCUAGCUUGGAGAAUAGUGAGUAAAGAUGUGAAAAUUUGCUUAUUUAAGGUUCAAAUCCUAGCAUGAUUCUAAUUCUAGGAAGAUGAUU